AUGAAAUCAUUCGGACUAACUUUGAUUAAUAAAUUAAAUAAAAAUUCAACUAAUGCUAAAACACAGAUUGACUAUUGCUUCGCUAAUGUGGAUGGCUGGAAAUGUGAUUAUUUUGAAAGUCUAACAAGUUUUCAUAAACCAUUAUGGAUAAGAAAACAUGAAAUUGACUCACAACUUCAUGUUGAUGAAAACGAACAGAUUCGUACAGAUAUGCCUUUGAAUCUUGGAGAUCUUAGCAUUGAUGAUCGCUCUGAUGUGAUGGACAUCGACGACCAAUCUUCUUUCGAACAAACUCAUACAGAUAUAUCUUUUAAUAUUAACGAUUUUCACACCGAUGAUCAACCAGAGAUAAUGGAAAUUGAUGAACAAUCUUCUUUUGAAAAUUAUGAAAUGACUGAUGAAGAAAAUGAUCAAAUCCAUACAGAUAUAUCUUUUAACUUGAAAGAACUUAAAACUGAUGGUCUACGUGCUUCAACGAUAUUUGACGGGAAAUCUCCUAUCGAAACUUACGAAAUUGUUGAUUUAAAUACGAGAAGGAUUCUUGAUCACUUUCUUCUUGUACUUGAUUCUAAUAAUACAACAGACACUGAUCAGAUUUCUAAUCAAGCUCGAAUAAUCAAUGAUUUAAUUGAAAAAUCACCAUUUAUAACUGUGCACAAUAAAGACCAAUCUGUGCGAUUAAAACCAAAAACGGAAUACUCUGUUCAAGCAUUUGAUUCAGUUUAUGCUAGAACUCGCACAACUGGAGACGGCAAUUGUUUAUAUAGUUCUCUUUCGAUAAUAAAUAUCGGGUCUGAAAAACUAACACAUUCGAUGAGAUUGUUGGCAGUCAACGCAAUGAUUAAUAGUAGAGACUAUUUCGAAGGACUUUGUAAAUUAUUGCACUAUUCUUUUGAAGAACAGUUGAAAAGAACUGCUAUGGAUACAAUAUGGGGUGGAGAAGUUCAAAUUCAAGCGCUUUCUAUAGCUCUAUUUCAUCCUAUAUAUUCAUAUAUACAGUUUAACAGCGAUCCAGAAAAUAGACAUUAUAUUUCAUCGAGUAUUAAAUUACAGGAACUAGUUGAUCGAUUUGUUAAAGGAACAGCAGGCGGUCAUUUAAAAUACAUAGGAUAUAAAUCCGAUAUGAAUAAAUUAGGAUUUUGUCUUUAUUACAACGGUAUUCACUAUGAUGCUCUUUUACCUUUUCAAGAUAAUCCUCAACAAUUUUUACCACAUUUUGACUUGAUUAAUAUGAGUUUAUAA